AUGGCCGAAAGAAUUGGCCUACGCCUAAUUCGUUUAGUGGCUACAGCUAGUCGUAUGGUGGACUUUCGUCGUGCGUCCUACCGUCUAUGGGAACUUUUCCGCGGCCAACGAGAUUUAUUACAACGGCUGAUCAGACCAAGAUUAUUAUACUUCGACAAUGAUGAGUCCACAGCCGGCGUCGUUAUCGGCUGCCAAGCAUACGUCCUCCGGUUCAUAAAUCUGCUGUCCGGCAGACACCCUUUUUUUAGGUCAAUGACUAGGUGA